UCUCAGAUCUACACAUAUAUAUAGGGGUGUAUCAGGAGUGGAAAUCUAAUCAACACAGGCAUCUUGAAGAGAGAGAGAGGUUUGAGGGAAGAAACACGAUGCUGGUGGGGAUCUUGCUCAUGACCGCACUGCUUGUCAGUGAUGUGGCAGGGACGGUCAAUUCCUCGGAAGUGGAGGAGACUUUGCGGGCCAUUGAAGAAUUAACCAGAGGACCUUGUGAGAAUGGCUGGUUUGUAUAUCAGCCUACAAGAUCCUGUUACCGGUAUUUCGCAAACCCGAAAACAUGGAAAGAUGCUGAGCUUUUCUGCAACAUACAGGAUCAUUAUGGACAGCUGGCUUCUGUGAUCUCAUGUGAGCACAACGAGUUCAUUUCCAGGGUGGUGAAACGGGUGACCGGAGGUGCACAAUCAGUUUGGAUUGGCUUCAAGGACUUCUGCAAGAAUGGGAAUUUCUUGUGGAGUGAUGAAUCUUCCGUCAGAUUCAUGAACUGGGCAGUUGUAAAUCCUCGAGAGCGUAACAAUGCCCAUCACUGUACGUACGUUAACACCGGUUCCCAUGGUUGGCAUGAUUAUAAUUGCAAUAACCGUCUGUACUAUGUCUGUGCCUACAAAUAUCACUGAAUUUGGAAGACUCCUGAUUCAUCCACUCAUCAUUUCCAGCUGUGGAUUCUGUACCUUAAUUUCUUUGUAGCCACUCUCACUGUCUGUGGUGAUUGUACUCAUUUAGUUUCCCAGCCAAUAAUAAAGAGAAUUGCAUCCUGA